AAGGAGGAGGGCAACGUCCACUUCGUGGCGAAGAACUGGAAAGAAGCGCUCAACUCGUACCAGAAAGCGCUCGAGAUGACGAUGGCGGGCACGGAAGAGCGCGCGUCGCUGUACAGCAACCGAGCCGCGUGUUUCCUCAUGGAGAACAGGUACCGCGAAGCCAUUCGCGAGUCGGACGCCGCGCUCGAGUCCAAGCCGGAUUUCAAACCCGCGCUCGUGCGCCGGUCGCGCGCGUACGAGCAAAUUAACGAGUACUCGAAGGCCGUGAGCGACCUCGAGAGCGCGUUGAAAGUGGACCCCGCGGACGAAGGCCUCAAGAAGAAACUGAACGCGAUGAAGUCGAGGGCGGCGAAUCAGAAGGCGUCGAGGCGUGGCGCCGGCGCCGGCGUCGCCGGCCUCGGCGGCUCGUCGCUU